GCAAUGUGGAGUAUUUCAAGGGAAUCCCAUUUAUGACCAAUGAGGAAAAGAACAACUUGACAUGCGAUUAUAAAUCCACAGCCACUGGGUGCUCUGGGAUAUCCGGGGGUGUCCCACGUCUCGGAUUCCCCGGGAUCUGCCUAUAGGACGCAGGAAAUGGAGUUAGAGGAACUGACAUGGUGAACGCUUACUCGUCUAGUCUUCACGUUGGAGCCUCAUGGAAUCGAGACCUUGCUCUCAAACGGGCAUCCUAUCUGGGCGCUGAGUUCAAGCGCAAGGGAGCCAAUGUCGCGCGGGGACCCGUUGCAGGUCCCAUUGGCAGGGUGGCUCGAGGAGGUCGCAUCUGGGAAGGUUUUUCGGCGGAUUCGCGGAGUGAAUACCGGUCUACUGCCUCCAGGAAGCGAUAUAGAGGAAGGUGGCCUACCGUCCCUAUGGGAUGUUAUUGCCAGAGUCAGCUGUCUCGUCUCUAACGUUGGGGAGUUCGAAACAGCUGAAGUGGCGCAACUCUACAUCGGAAUCCCUGGGUGGCCUAAGAAAGUUCUUCGUGGUUUUGCAAAGAAGAGCCU